AUGGCGGAGCCCAGCAACUGCCACCACACCUUCAAGAUUGCGAAGUCCAACACCACCCUAAUUGUCUGGAAGUGCCAAGUCUGCGACUCGGGGCCACACUGGUAUAUCUACCAGUGCACAAAAUGCGGCCUGAAGACUUGCCAGCCGUGUGCAACGACAGGUAUCCCACCCAUGUAA